AGGAACUUUGGAGUGACUUUGGGGGAGGGAGACCCCGAGAUAGCGAGAGAGGGAGCAGCUACCGACUUCCUGAAUCGCCCCAGUCCUUAGAGCCGGUGGCGCCUGAGUGCUUGCCGCGCAGCGAUGUCCACGGAGUCAGCGCGGAGCCUGCGGAAGGGCAGCGCGCCCCCGGGGCCUGUCCCCAAUGGCAAGAUCCGCGUCUACAGCAUGAGGUUCUGCCCGUUCGCUCAGAGGAUUCUGCUGGUGCUGCGGGCCAAGGGGAUCGGGCAUGAAGUCAUCAAUAUCAACCUGAAAGAUAAACCUGAGUGGUUCUUUACAAAGAGUCCUCUUGGUCUGGUGCCAGUUGUGGAAAAUAGUCAGGGUCAAUUGAUCUACGAAUCUAACAUCAUUUGUGAGUAUCUGGACGAGGCAUAUCCUGGGAAGAAACUGUUUCCAGAAGACCCGUAUGAGAAAGCAUGCCAAAAGAUGACUCUUGAGUUAUUUUCUAAGGUACCAUCUUUAGUAGUAAGCUUUAUUAGAGGGCAAAAUAAAGAAGACUGCUCUGGCCUAAAAGAAGAAUUGCGGAAACAUUUCAGCAAGUUAGAUGAGGUCCUGACUCGCAAGAAGACAACUUUCUUUGGUGGAAAUUCUGUCUCCAUGAUUGACUACCUCAUCUGGCCCUGGUUUGAACGUCUGGAACCACUGGAACUAACCGAGUGUGUCUCCCACACUGCCAAACUGAAGCUGUGGAUGACAGCCACGAGGAAAGAUCCCAUAGUAUCAGCCUUCUUGAUUGAACCAAAGAGCUAUCAAGGCUUCUUCCAUCUCUAUUUACAGAACAGCGUUGAGGCCUGCGACUAUGGACUCUGAAAAGAAGAAGAGUCCGAGUGAAGCUACGAUAGUUUCUAUCACUGACAGGAAUAAUACCUUGAUUUUUAUUUUACCAAGUAGUCUUAAUCUCAUUGGCUCAUGUCGGAUUUGACAUUCUGGCUUAAUAGGAACGCCACAGGAUACUCAAAUAACUUUUUAGGUUGUAUCAUAGUCUUUGGUGUAACAUCCCCACCCCAUCAUCUCUGAUGAGAGACUUUAUUUCAGAUGGCUAACUUCUUACAGAAAACAUUCACUGCGAUAGCUUGUGGUUAUUUCAAGAAAUAAAUGUUCAAGUCUUG